GUUACUUGCAGAAGAACUUGCUGUGCGCCAUAAAUGCGUGUCGCUACUCAAAGAAAUGGUUCCCCUUCCUCUUUCGCCGUUCCGUGGACGAACCGCGUGAGAAAGAGGCGACCAGCAAUCCCUAUAAAGGAGAAUUAGGUCUUGCUUCAUGGCCUCGAAACGGAUUUUGAAGGAGCUCAAGGAUAUCCAGAAGGAUGCUUCCACUUCCUACAGCGCAGGUGGCUGUUUGGUUUAUGUAGUUAUCCAAAAUGUGACAUUGUUGUUUUCGACACUUUUUUCUGCUGAUGCAUACAAGUGCUGUUUAGAUUUAGAGUGGCAAUUUGAGCAAGCAGGUCCUGUUGCGGAAGAAAUGUUUUACUGGAAAGCAACAAUAAUGGGUCCUCCAGAUAGUCCUUAUGCUGGGGGUGUUUUCCUUGUGGCCAUCCACUUUCCUCCUGACUAUCCUUUUAAACCACCUAAGGUUGCGUUCAGGACAAAGGUCUUCCAUCCAAACAUUAACAGCAACGGUACCAUUUGCCUUGACAUUUUGAAGGAGCAAUGGAUUCCUGGACUGACCAUUUCCAAGGUGCUGCUAUCCAUCUGUUCUCUCCUGACAGAUCCAAACCUAGAUGAUCCGUUGAUCCCAGAGAUUGCCCACAUGUACAAGACUGAUCGGAACAUGUACGAGGCUACUGCAAUAAGCUGGACCCAAAAGUAUGCUAUGGGCUAGUGAAUUUGUUAAGACUGACUGGACAUGGAAGUCACUCUUAUUGACUAGAAUGAAAUUGUUGUGUAUCUAAUCGUAUGUGUUAUUUCCUCAAGGAGGAUCUCAAAUCUGCUAUCUAUGAACAGGGGGUUUUAUUAAAAGGAACUUGUUGCUCCA